AUGGACAAGGACAGCGAAGCCUCGCAGCGGCGCAAGUUGCUCUCUCCCUUCCGGCAGCCCGGCUGCUCGACGCUGCCGCCUCCGGUGGCCGCCCCGUCGUCGUCGCCCAGAGUCCCCGCCCGGAGCAAGGUGGCGCUCAAGCCGGGACACUCGGCGCUCGACUGGCACGCGCUGUCGGAGUCUGCGGGCGCGCGCGGCCGCUUCGUGCAUGGGCUGGAGCCGGGGCUGCCCUGGUGGGACCACUUCUGCGAGCUGCAGCACCCAGCCGCCCUGCACCAGCUGGAGCGCGGCGUGCCGCCGCACCGCAUCCUACCGCCGCUGCGCAUCGACGCCGCGGUACUGAAGGCGUGCGCCGCGAGCUACUGGUGCGUGCUGCGCGGACGCGUCUACUGCAUCACAGACUACCUGGACUUCCACCCCGGCGGCGUCGCCAUCCUGGCCGGCAGCUGCAAGGGCCGCGACGUGACCAAGCUGUUUGAGCGGUACCACCGCUGGGUCAAUUUCGAGCGGUUGCUGGAGUGCUGCCAGGUAGGUGUAUAUGUAUAG